ACCGCACACACUUUGCAUCCAUGCUCUCUCCCCAAUCCCUCAUUGCGUCAUCCCGCACGGGGCGCCCGCUGACGUCAUUACGGCGCCAGCUACGCACGGUCACGGGGAGGAGCUGCGCAUACGGCGGAGCUGAGGGAGGGUCACGAACUCUGACCCGCCGGGAACCGGGUGCGGUACUUUCCCGAGAACGCAUCAUCUGGCAAGCGGAAGGCCUACCGCAGAGGCCAGGCCCGUUUCCUGGACCGCAGGCUUCAGUCAAACCAAAACUGGACUCCUUAGCUACAUUCCUUGCUCCCAGGAAUACUAUUCUAAAGACAGGUCAUGGCAUCUAUUGAAGAAAUAGCUCACCAGAUUAUUGAACAGCAAAUGGGAGAGCUUGCUCGCACCCAGACAGAAGUGACACAUACAGCCCUGAUGGAUGGAACUACACAAAGAAUACAGCUUAUUCCAUCAGAUUCCAGUAUAACCUUACCUCAGCGAAUACAGUUUGUUACAGAUCAACAGACCGGUCAGAAGAUCCAAAUUGUAACAGCAGUUGAUCAGAGUGGCACAAGUAAAAGGUUUAUCUUGACUAAUAAUGAUAGCUCAUCCCCAAGCAAGGUAAUCCUCACUAGGCAAGAACCCGGGCAGGGUAAAGUGUAUCUAACGACUCCAGAUGCAGCAGGUGUCAAUCAGCUCUUCUUCUCAAGCCCAGAGGUUACCACGCAGCACAUCCAGAUAUUAUCAGAUUCCCCAUGCAUAGAUCAGAAUUUAAAUAAGCCUAUUAUGGAUCUUUGUGUGGUGUGUGGCGAUAAAGCUUCAGGGCGACAUUAUGGGGCAGUAACAUGUGAGGGCUGCAAAGGUUUCUUUAAAAGAAGUAUUAGAAAAAAUUUGGUUUAUGCAUGUAGAGGAUCAAAAGAUUGUGUUAUCAAUAAACACUACCGAAACAGAUGUCAGUACUGCCGAUUACAAAGAUGUAUUGCACUUGGAAUGAAGCAGGAUUCUGUUCAGUGUGAGAGAAAGCCCAUUGAGGUCUCCAGGGAAAAGUCCUCCAAUUGUGCUGCAUCCACAGAAAAGAUCUACAUUAGAAAAGACUUACGCAGCCCACUUGCUGCAACGGCUACUUUUGUAACAGAAAAUAAAACUGCAAGGUCCAGCAGUUUGUUAGACCCCGGAGUAGUAGUUAAUUUACAGCCUUCUGCAAUUAAAACCGAGCCUGUACUUAUUGCACAUGAUAAGGGAGAAGCAUGUCAGGGAGAUCUAAGCACUUUGGCCAAUGUUGUCACAUCACUUGCAAAUCUUAAUAAAUCAAAAGACUUUUCCCAGUCGAGCACGGAAUUGUCGAUCAUGGAAAGUUUAAGUAACGGAGAUGCUUCACUCUCAGAGCUUCCACAGGAUGACCAGUCAAGCAGUGAGGUCACCAGAGCCUUUGACACUCUGGCAAAAGCUCUCAACCCCUCUGAAAGUUCUGUCCAGAGCUCAUCAGAAAGUAUUGAUGCCACUUCUAACAUCUUUGGUGAUGUCGCUGUUGAGAUUGAAGGACCACUUCUCACAGAUUCCCACAUAGCCUUCAAGCUCACAAUGCCUUCACCAAUGCCUGAAUACCUGAAUGUACACUAUAUUUGUGAAUCUGCAUCACGACUACUAUUUUUGUCCAUGCAUUGGGCUCGCUCUAUUCCUGCCUUCCAGGCUCUUGGGCAGGAGGUUAGUACUUCUUUAGUGAAAGCUUGCUGGAGCGAACUGUUUUCACUUGGUCUUGCUCAGUGCUCCCAAGUAAUGAAUGUGGCAACUAUACUAACAGCAUUUGUUAAUCAUCUGCACGGCAGCUUACAGCAUGAUAAGCUGUCUGGAGAAAAAUUAAAGCUGGUGAUGGACCACAUAUUCAAACUUCAGGAGUUCUGCAAUAGCAUGGUUAAGCUAAAUAUAGAUGGUUAUGAAUAUGCCUACUUGAAAGCAAUUGUCCUCUUCAGUCCUGAUCAUCCCGGAUUGGAAAAUGUGUCUCAAAUUGAAAAGCUUCAGGAAAAGGCCUACACUGAAUUCCAAGACUAUGUAACUAGGAUGUACCCGGAAGAUACAUACAGGCUUUCCCGGCUGCUGCUCAGGUUGCCAGCUCUAAGACUGAUGAGUGCUGCAGUUAUGGAAGAACUAUUCUUCGCUGGACUUAUUGGGAAUGUUCAGAUUGAUAGUAUAAUUCCAUAUAUUUUACGUAUGGAAACCACUGACUACAACAACCAAAUUAUUGGUCUCUCUGCAUAGCAGAGGUGGAAACAAAUUGAACAUUUUCACUUUAAUUCCCAACUCAGAACACUGGGAAUGGACAAGACAAGGAAACUGAGCUAGUCUAACACUUCAAUGUACAUGUUUAUUAACAGUGCCUUUCGGCAUGGUGUAUAUAUUCAUAAUUAUAUAAAGACUUGUCUGUAUUAUCAUGGAUGGCCUAGGGCUGUGCAUUCAGAUAUAUUUAAAACAGUGCUUUUAUUCAGUCACUUCAGAAUAGUAUUAUCUCCUGGCAUAUUGCAAUUGAUCUAGAUAAACAUUCAUGUUUUUUUCCUCAGUCAGAUGUUGUGUGCCUUGCCUACGUUCUUACCAAGUUAGAGCAAAGGGCAGACAAAUCAAUUUUAUAGUUACAUUAUGACUUUGGUUAUUCUAAGCCAGACACCUUUUUAAAGUUAUUAGAACUAUUGUAUGUAUUCUCCAAGAAUCACAGCACUAACUUAUAAGCAAUGACCUAGAUUUCAGAGGAUAUCUCCUCAUUCCUGCAUGGAAUAAAAAUGCUUUUUUUUUUCAACCAUGUUGUGCUGUUACUUAUGAAAGUAAAGGUUU